AUGUUUUUCUCUGGUGGGCAGUGUGGUCAUGUUGGCAGACCUGAAGAAGUUUUACUGACAUUCAAGAUAUUCCUUGUCAUCAUUUGUCUUCAUGUUGUUCUGGUUACAUCCCUGGAAGAAAAUGCUGAUAAUUCCAGUUUGUUAUCACCAUCUGUUGAAUCAUCUCUUGUCAGUUUUGUCCCCUACUCCAAUGGUACUCCAGUGGCUGAAACUACAAGCCUCAAUGAUGCUACUUCCAGUGUAUUGUCUACAUUAAACAAGACAGAAAAAACUAAAAUCACUAUAGUAAAAACCUUCAAUGCAUCAGGAGUCAAAUCCCAGAGAAAUAUCUGCAAUUUGUCAUCUAUUUGCAAUGAUUCAGUGUUUUUUAGAGGUGAGAUAAUGUUUCAAUAUGAUGAAGAACACAACAUUACCCAGAAUCAAGAUAUAACUAAUGGCACCUACUCUGGAGUGCUGUCUCUAAGUGAAUUGAAACGAUCAGAGCUCAACAAAACCCUACAAACCUUAAGUGAGACUUAUUUUAUAGUGUGUGCUACAGCAGAGGCCCAAAGCACAUUAAAUUGUACAUUCACAAUAAAACUGAAUAAGACGAUGAAUGUGUGUGCUAUAAUGGUUGCUUUGAAAAGAGUACAUAUUCGACCAAUGGAAGAGUGCUGCUGUUCUAUGAGGACACCUUGCCCCUCUUCACCAGAAGAGUUAGAAAAACUGCAAUGUGAUCUGCAGGAUCCCAUUGUCUGUCUUGCUGAAUAUCCACAUGGCCCACCAUUUUCUUCUUCCAGCAAACCCAUCCCAGUUGCUCCUCAGACCACCAUCUUUUCCCAGAUAUCCAGUGCCUUCUCUUUUGCUGAAUCCCUUAAUCACCCUCCUGUGACCCAGAACACUCCCUCUCUGACACAGAAGAAUCACUUUUCUCUUCCCCAGCCUUCAGCUCCCAUAGCUUCCAGCCCUGCCAUCAAUAUGCCCACCCAAUCUGGAACUCUCUCUUCCCCUCUGCCCCAAACCAAUCCUUCCCAUACCCCACCACCUGUGAAGUCCUCACUUCCCUCUCCCACCACACCUGUCCCAUCUGCAUCUUCAAAUGACAUCAGCAUCAGCACUCCUCCUGUCAAAACAGAAAUUUUCAACACCAGCAGUGUUUCUGAUCUUGAGAACCAAGUGUCCCAGAUGGAGAAGACUCUGUCCUUUGGCAGCUUGGAGCCUAACCUUGCAGGCGAAAUGAUAAACAAAGUCAGCAAACUCCUUCAUUCUCCUCCCGCCUUGCUGGCCCCUCUGGCUCAAAGGUUGCUAAAAGUUGUAGAUGACAUUGGCUUACAGCUGAAUUUUUCAAACAAGACCAUAAGUCUAACCUCCCCUUCUUUGGCUCUGGCUGUGAUCAGAGUAAAUGCGAGUAAUUUCAACACAACUACCUUUGUGGCCCAAGACCCUGCAAAUCUGCAGGUUUCUCUGGAAACUCAAGCUCCUGACAAUAGUAUCGGCAUGAUUACUCUGCCUUCAUCGUUGAUGAGUAAUUUGCCAGCUAAUGAUGUGGAGCUAGCUUCCAGGAUUCAGUUCAAUUUUUUUGAAACACCUGCCCUGUUUCAGGACCCUUCUCUGGAGAACCUUUCUCUGAUCAGCUAUGUCAUAUCAUCAAGUGUUGCAAACCUGACUGUCAAGAACUUGACAAGAAAUGUGACAGUCACACUGAAGCAUACAGAUCCAAGCCAGGAUGACUUAACAGUGAAAUGUGUAUUUUGGGACUUGGGCAGAAAUGGUGGCAGAGGAGGCUGGUCAUCCGAUGGCUGCUCUGUCAAAGAAAGGAAGCUGAAUGAAACCAUCUGUACCUGUAGCCACCUUACCAGCUUUGGGGUCCUAUUGGACCUAUCUCGGACAUCUUUACCACCUGGUCAAAUGAUGGCUCUGACAUUUAUAACAUAUAUUGGUUGUGGGCUUUCAUCAAUUUUUCUGUCAAUUACUCUUGUAACCUACAUAGCCUUUGAAAAGAUCCGGAGGGAUUACCCUUCCAAAAUCCUCAUCCAGCUAUGUACUGCUCUGCUCCUGCUGAACCUAAUAUUUCUCUUGGACUCAUGGAUUGCUCUUUAUAACACAAAAGGCCUCUGCAUCUCAGUAGCUGUAUUCCUUCAUUAUUUUCUCUUGGUCUCAUUCACAUGGAUGGGCCUAGAAGCAUUCCAUAUGUACCUGGCUCUUGUCAAAGUGUUCAAUACUUAUAUCCGAAAAUACAUCCUUAAAUUCUGCAUUGUUGGCUGGGGGGUACCAGCUGUGGUUGUAGCUAUUGUCCUGAUUAUAUCCCCACAUAAUUACGGGCUUGGAUCCUAUGGAAAAUUCCCUAAUGGCUCACCAGAUGACUUUUGCUGGAUCAACAGCAAUGCAGUAUUCUAUAUUACAGUUGUGGGAUAUUUCUGUGUGAUAUUUUUGCUGAACAUCAGCAUGUUCAUUGUCGUCCUGGUUCAGCUCUGUCGAAUUAAAAAGAAGAAGCAACUGGGAGCCCAGCGAAAAACCAGUAUUCAAGACCUCAGGAGUAUUGCUGGCCUCACAUUUUUACUGGGAAUUACUUGGGGCUUUGCCUUCUUUGCCUGGGGACCAGUUAACAUCACCUUCAUGUAUCUCUUUGCCAUCUUUAACACCUUACAAGGAUUUUUCAUAUUCAUCUUUUACUGUGUAGCAAAAGAGAAUGUCAGGAAGCAAUGGAGGCGCUAUCUUUGUUGUGGAAAGUUCCGGCUGGCUGAAAAUUCUGACUGGAGUAAAACUGCUACUAAUGGUUUAAAGAAGCAGACUGUAAACCAAGGAGUAUCCAGCUCUUCAAAUUCCUUACAGUCAAGCAGUAACUCCACUAACUCCACCACACUGCUAGUGAAUAACGAUUGCUCAGUACACGCAAGCGGGAAUGGUAAUGCUUCUACAGAGAGGAAUGGGGUUUCUUUCAGUGUUCAGAAUGGAGAUGUGUGCCUUCAUGAUCUCACUGGAAAACAGCACAUGUUUAAUGACAAAGAAGAUUCCUGCAAUGGUAAAAGCCGUAUGGCUCUCAGAAGGACUUCAAAGAGGGGAAGCUUACACUUUAUUGAACAAAUGUGAUUCCUUUUUUCUAAAAUCAAAGCAUGAUGCUUGAUGGUGUGAAAUGUCCAAUUUUACCUUUUACACAAUGUGAGAUGUAUGAAAAUCAACUUAUUUUAUACUCAGCAACCUCUGGAGGAACAUAAGCUAAUGAAAGGCGAUGGUUACUAUUGGAAGGGGAAACCAAGACAUUAUUGUGGCCUUUAGACAUUAGCAAUUUGGUUUCUGAACCUUCAUUUUAAAAGAAGGUUGGUUUUAAACAACACAGUGAGAAUAAGACUUGUAUAAACAAAAACGUAGUUAAUUUCCAGCUACAUUUUAAAGAGGCUAAGUUAUCUUUGAUAACAUCCUAGAAAGCAACUGUUGACUUCAGACUUUUGGUGAGUUUAGUUGUGCAUGCCUUUGUUGUAUAUAAGCUAAAUUCUAGGGACCCACGUGUCAGAAAUCUUACUUCUACCUUUUUUGUAUUUAUUUUCUACUAUGUAGAUUUAUUCUUUUGUAGAAUCUUGGUUUUAUUGUUUUGUCUAAUGUGAUAACUCAGAAAAUCCUUACUGAUUCAGUGAAUUCUAAAGCUCCUUUUGGAGAUUAUAUGGAUGUGAAAUACAGAAACUUCAUUGAAAUCAAGAAAUAAUAAUGAUGCAGCCAGACUCUAAUCAGACAGUUCCACAAUUAGCUCAUACAGUGCCUUUGAGUGAAUUAGAAAA